AUGCCAGCGACCAACGAGCCAUCGGGCCCUGUCGGUGAUGCGACUGCUCGUCCUUCCGCUUCGCCUCCGCCUCAGUCAUCAUCAUCAGCAGCAGUCGUCGUCGUGGACGAUGACGAUGAUGUUGAUGACCCAACCCUGUCCGCCAACAACCCCACGGUUGAGAUCCAGGGCUCCAUUGCUGCCGACAGCGUAGAGACCGACUCGGCUCUGGGUGCUGAACUCGCAUCCUCCGUCGCGUCGCUCUCGUCGAGCAUCCUCCAGUACCAGCUCGAGAACGGGCGCAGCUAUCACUCCCUCAGCCGCGGCAAAUAUGUGCUCCCCAACGAUGAGAUGGAGAAUGAACGGUUAGACUUGCAACAUGAAUUGUACGUGCGCACCUGCCAGGGUAUCCUGGCGCUGUGCCCAAAGGGACAGGGAGCGCAGCGCGUGCUGGACAUGGGUACCGGCACUGGACAAUGGGCCAUUGACUUUGCCGAUCUACAUCCCGAUGCCGAGGUCAUUGGCGUCGAUCUCAGUCCCAUCCAGCCAGACUUCGUUCCCCCCAAUCUCGUCUUUGAGAUUGACGACCUGGAGAAGGAGUGGACAUGGACCACCCGCUUCGACUUUAUCUUUGCCCGCAUGAUGCUCGGCUGCUUCCAGGACCUCCCCGGCAUGAUCAAGGUCGCUUACGACAACCUCGAACCCGGCGGCUACCUCGAGCUCCAGGACAUGGCCCUGCCCGCCCUCUCAGACGACGGCACCCUCGCGCCCGACAGCUACCUCGCCAAGUGGUGCAAGGCCUGCCUCGACGCCGGCGAGAACCUCGGCCGCCCCGUGUUUCCCGUCACCGAGUACAAAAACUACCUCGCCGCCGCCGGCUUUGAGGAUAUUGUCGAGGUACAGAAGAAGUGGCCCACCAACACCUGGCCUCGCGAGCGCGAGCACAAGGAGCUCGGCGCCUGGGCGUACGCCAACAUUGCGGGGGGACUCGAUGGGCUCUCGCUCGCCCAUUUCACGCGUGGUCUGGGCUGGACGCCCGAAGAGACGCGUGUCUUCUGCGCCGAGGUCCGCAAGGAUCUGAAGAAUCCAAAGAUUCACGCCUACUGGCCCAUGUACGUUCCUGUCUUGCCUGUCGUCUCCUAA